AGAACAGGAACACCAGCAAGAAGAACAGUCAUCUGAAAGUGAUAACAUUAAACCAGCCGAUUUUAAGAGUGUACAAGAUGCAUUAGAGAAAUUUAAAAAAAGUUGGGAAGAAAAUGCUUCUAAAGAAUAAUGCAAUCGACAAUGGUAAUAAAUUGCAGGAACCGCACAAACGCUAAAAAUAAGGGGAUGGAGUGUAUAUUUCAUUCACUUAACAGACAUUACAUUAGAAUGAAGAAGAACGAAAGGAAAGAGAACACCAACAUACUAUUUUUAGUGUUAGACCAACUCCUUAAAAUUAUGCGUUCUUGCGACAAUCUUUUCAACAAUUUAAAACCGAGGCUUGAUUUCCUUGGUAGUUACUUCGACAGAAUACGCGUCGGGCAACCUACAGAAUACGACAUUAAUGUUAUUUUAAAAUUUCCCAUCAACUGUGGCAAAAUAAAAUUGGACGCGACUGACUGUCAAAAUGAUUACACGGCCAUUGUGAUGCCAUCAGAUUUUCGAAGGCUCUCUUUAACACCAGCAACAGCCAGUCAAGGAUUCACAAAAACUCACUCAUGGUGCGACAAACAUUAUCGAUUAUCUGUGACUAAAUUUCGUUCUUGGAUGCAAAGUACCAUUGACAAGGCUAUGAAUACUCUACCUCAAACAGAUGGCUAUAGAGUUUUAAAAGUGAAAAAUAAAUGUUUUCGAAUAUAUUCAAAAACAUCGGGGCCAGCUAACACGAUAACCAUUUUAAAAACUGACGGCAGUCUGAUUGAUAUCGAUUUAGUUCCAACAUUUUCAUUCCAGCUGCCAACAAAACCAUUAAAUUCAAAAAUUGACUUUUUGAAAGUUGAAACAACGAAUAUUCGAACCUAUUUUAUUGUACCCAAACCAGGCAAUGAUGACUUUAGUUGGAGGGUAUCAUUUCCGAUCCAAGAAAGAUUGCUUCUGAAUGACAAGAACAAUUUGAAAGGAACUAUAAGGCUGUUGAAAUACUUUCGGGAUGUUCAAGGAUUUACAAAACUUUCCAGUUACUUUAUAAAAACAUUAUUUUUGUGGGAAUGUGAAGCGAGGGACGAUCAGUUUUGGAAAAGUAACUCUUUAUCAUUCCUAGUCUUAACCAUGCUGAAAAAAUUAAAGGACUGCUUGAGAGAUAACAGAAUAAAUAACUAUUGGUGUCCAAAUCAUAAUGUAAUUGAAAAAAUUAAAUUUGCCACAUGCCAAAACUGGUAUCAUAGAAUAUCCUUCGUUUUAAAUGAAAUAGAAGCUGUUGGCCGAGUAAAACCUUCUGUUAUUUUAGAUUAUUUUGUUGAUAAGAAUAAGAAAGCGUAAAUGUAUAUUAAGCUUAAAAAAUAAAACCACUUACUUCAAUCUUUGCCUUACUUA